AUGGAGAGCAUUUUCAAGGCGGCCCUCGCUACACCUAAGCACACCGAGAACUCUGCCCAACCAUCGCAGCCUGCCGAGACCAUUGCCGACCUGGCCAACCCGGCUGCCGACCUGCCUUCAUCAAGUGCUCAAGAUAAACACCCUCCCUCACAAUCAACUUCUCAGGAUCCGAAAAUAAAACGCCGUAAGUUGACCAAAGGAAAUGACUCUAACGCCAAGAAAACCAAGCAGUCGUCCAAAAAAGACACCGGCUCCAAACCUGUGCUAGAGCAACUAGAACCCUUUGUUGGCAAUUCUGACGCUAGCUCGGCCGCCACCUACUUGCUUUCAAUAUUUCCAAAAGAAGAAACUUCAUGCUGGAAAGACAGUCAAACUCGAGCCUCUGUCACUCUGCACAACCUAGUGAAGCGCAUUGCCGAAGCUCGCUCUGCCGGCGAGACUUCCUUCCUUUCUUCUGACUUUGGUACUCGCUUUCUCGAGCAUUACCGCAUCGAGCUAUUGAAAUACUUUGAACACACCACAGCUUUCCUGGGUAAGCUCGGCCCCGCCUGUGUUCAAUAUUUUCAGGUGGGCGUGGAGCGUGCCCUUGCUCGGGCCCGGGAGCAGGGAUUUACCGGUUCCGUGGACGAGGCUGCCUUACUCACUGAUUUUCCUGAGCCCAUUGGGUGGAACGACGAUGAAUCGCAGCCAGCUGACGCUCCAUGGUGGACACCAGUGCUUGAAGUGGCCAGGAAGAAGGCCGACCUCGCUAGUGACGAAGAAGAUGAGAAGGGAGACCAAGAGUGA